AUGGCCGAACGCUGGGACCGCGAUCGCUUCGAGCGUAUGUCCCAAAACCGGGGCGGCUUCGACGAUGACAGAGCCUCUUAUACACGCAGCACUCGAGGCCGCGACCACUCAGAUGAGCGACAUGACCGUCGACCUGGCCGCGGUUACUAUGACGAAGACGAUGUCCGUGACCGUCGCUACUACGGCGAUGACUCUCGCUACCCACCUCAGCCUCAGAGGGAGCGCGAGAGAGAUCGAGACAUGCCUCCUCCUUGGGCUCGGCGAACUGAUGUCCUAGAAAGGGAACGAGAGCGAGAUUUUCCCCGUCGUGAAUCUCCUCCUCGUCGACCUGGCUUUCUCCGCAGACAAUCAUCUCUCGACACAUAUGACCGCCGACCCAGAUUCCUCGACCAUCGUGAGGAAUACCCAGCUCCUGCUCGCCGCGAGGAUGUUCGUCCUCGGGAUCCUCGAGAUUUCCGAGAUGAAUACAGACCUCCUCCUUACCAGCCUAUUCCUCUGCCCAAGAGCCGAGGACUGCCCCCGCCUCGCAGAUAUAACGAUGAGCAUUAUGACGACAUCAAAGUUGCCGAGCCCGACUAUUACGGUGACGAAGACUACCGAUCUAUGCCUGAGCGUGUUCGUGAAAGAGAGUACACUCGAUCACGCAAAAGCCGUGGUCGAAGCCGCGAUUCUCGCUCUACUCGAACUCGUUCCGUUCGAAGCAGCUCUUACGGUUCCAGCUCCAGCCGUUCCUCUAGCAGCAGCGGAGGUACCACAGUGAGAAGCGAGUAUCCCAAGAAGGGAAAGACUCGCAUCCCUGCCAAGCUUGUUUCCAAGCGAGCUCUCAUCGAUCUCGGGUACCCAUUCUUCGAAGAGGGCAACACACUCAUUGUUCAGAAGGCUCUUGGUCAAGAUAACAUCGACGAAUUGCUCAAGGUCAGCGAGGAUUACAAGAAGGUCGAAGCUGAGAUUGCUGCUUCUCGAGAACCCAAGGCACCCACAGCUGCUCUGCCUGCACCUCCCGAGACAGUGAGGGAGCCUACUCCUGAGCCACCACCAGCAAAGACUCCCCCUCCUCCCGCUCCUCCUGUUCAGGAACCACCUACUCCUGCACCUCCCGUCCAGGCGACUCCAGCUCCUCCUCCUCCAGUCCAGGCGACUCCAGCUCCUCCUUUUCAACAGGCACCUCAGCCUAUGCCGAUGCCAAUGCCUGGUCCCCCUCCGACCAUGCACUACCAACCUCCUCCACCUCCUAUGGCUCAGCCCAUGCCUCCUCCCACUUUCUACCAGCCUGGACCCCCUCCUGCAGGCCCUCCCCCACCUGGUGGACCUCCUCAACAAUCUGUCUAUGACUACGAGGAGACCGUCUAUCGAGACGUUUCACCAUCCCGAACCUCCACCACCAUGUCAAGCUACGACUCUUACUACCGGGAUACUUACCACCAUCACCACCAUCCCGAGGAGCUCGUCGUCCGAUCCCGCUCACGAUCCCGAAACGGCAAAGACAUCCGAAAAGAGAUCAAGGCCCUCGAGCGCGAGUUGGCACACCGACCCAGAGGCCGCUCUACUGGCGGUGAGCUCGUUCGCGCCGAGCGAUUGCCUGAUGGCCAGUUGGUCAUCAGGGAAGAACGUAUUGAGAAGGAAGUGCUGCACCGUAAACCUCCUCGUAUCGAGAAGGACAAGAAAGGACCUCCCCCUAAGCUCAUGCGGGCCAUGUUUGCUACUCUGACUUGA